GUUUUCGCUCGCCAUCGACCGCCUCGAGCGCAGCGAUCGAAACUGGCAGUGUGGCACAGCUGCACACUGCCUAAAGCUGCACCACUGCCCGCCGCCGACUCGCUGCAUCACUCAAUCACGCAUAGAUGUGCCGCCUCCUCGCACCACUGCUGCUCGUCGCAAGCGCCCAAGCCCUCGCGCCGCCGCCGCAUUUACGACUCCUCACGUGCGACCUCGACGACACGUUUUGGCCCACGGCCGAGGUCGUCGCCGCCGCGAAUACAGCUCUUUCUACCGCGCUGGAGGCGCGCGGCGCCGACUCAUCACUACUGGGCGAAACAAUGAAGCGGCUGCGGCGCGCCGCCGGCGUGCAAAUGUCGUACACGGAAGCGCGCACUAGUGCCAUUAGUGAACUACUGGGCGGCGACCACGGCACUGCCGAAGAGCUGUUCCAGUUGUGGCUCGACGCGCGGCAACAAGCGUCGGAGGACCUGUUGUUCCCGGACGCGGCAACAUCUUUGGCCGAGGUGCGACGGCGGCACCCGGACGCAAGGAUAGGCGCGGUCACGAACGGCCGCGGCGACCCGCGGCGGAUUCCGUCGCUCGCGCCCUAUUUUGAUUUCUGCGUCUCGGGCGAGGACGCGGACGUGCAUCCCCAACGCAAGCCGGCGCCGCGCAUCUACGAGGCCGCCCUAGAAAGGGCGCAUUGCGGUCCGGACGGCUGGGUGCACCUCGGCGACGACGUUUUGAACGAUUGUAGUGCCGCGAAAUCGUGCGGCGCGCGCACCGUCUGGCUCGACGCGGCGGCGCCGUCCUGGGCGGAGAACGCCUACUCGACGAUGUCCGCCGCGGACCGCGAGAAGCGGCGGCUCGCCGCGGAGGCCGUCGACGUGGCGGUCGCCGUGGACCGCACGAUUGGGGGGCUUGCGGAGCUGCCUGACGCCGUCGACGGGGCGCUUAGUUAA